UUAUAAUUCUAAAUCUAGAUCUAUACACUCUAUUUAAUUUAAAAUAUCUUAACUUCGAUGCCAUCAUCAAGAAAAAACUUUUAGACUAAUCUAGACUCUAAUAAAAUUUACAUUGCCUGGCAGAGCCAUUUACUGUAAUUUACAUUUACAGUAACUUCAGAGUCAGUGAAGUCAGUGUCACUUUGGCAGGUCAUGGACUGCUGCACAUUUAGUCUGCUUGGAUCAUUAAUACUUCAACUGUUGCUACUGUCUGGGUUCAGUAGUACUUCCUACAUAUCCAAGUUUAGUGUGGACGAUGCUGCACUUUCCAGUGUUCCUAAUGAACUUGUGCUGGAUUUGAAGCCAGAAGUGGCUGACUGUCCUUGUGAUGACCCCGCCUGGUGUAAGCCUCUCACUGACACACCAGAAAAAGAGGUAUUUGCCUUUUCCAUAAGAAGCGAUACUAGUCACUGGGAGCGCUUUGAUUGGUCGAAAUUGACAACUGUGGUUGUGUUUGGUUAUUUAAAUGAUUCACUGACGUGUCUAGCUCACUCACAUAAUGUUCGAGUCAUCAUGCUAGGGGAUGUGUCUGUCCAAACCUUCACUGAUGCUGCCAAGAGACAACAGUGGAUUCAAACUCAGUUGCUUCUGGUCCAAAAGCAUUUCUUGGAUGGUAUCAAUUUUGAUUUUGAAGGACAAGUUGGCCUCAAUGACACGCUGAUCAGAGAUUCUUAUACAACCCUGGUGAAAGAGACUACACAAGUUUUUAAAAAAGUGCUGCCUUCUUACCAGAUAAGCGUAGAUGUGGGCUGGAAACCGAAUGUUGACAUUCGUUACUUUGACUACCAAGGAUUGGCUGAUGCUGCUGAUCUUCUCUUUGUUAUGGCUUAUGAUGAGCAGAGUCAGAUAUUGGGAGAAUGUAUAGCUGGGCCCAAUUCUGCACUCGCGUCUGCUGGUGUAGGAUUGGAUGCUUACCUCAAUGGAUAUAAUAUUUCUGCCAGUAAAUUGAUUCUUGGAGUACCUUGGUAUGGAUAUAUAUAUGAAUGCACUGAGUUAGUGGGAGAUAAAUGUUACAUAAAAGAGGUUCCCUUCAGGGGAGUCAACUGCAGUGAUGCAGCUGGAACACAGUAUGACUAUGGGCCUAUCCAUGAACUUAUCCAGACUAUGCCAGAAAACUACAAGUGGAAUGCAACGUCUCUAACACCAUACAUAACAUACACAAAUGGUCAAAGUGGCAAGUCUUAUCAGGUACAGUUUGAUGAUCCAGAGAGUUUAAAAUUGAAAUAUGACCUGGCAGCUCAGAAAGGAAUCAAAGGGGUCGGUAUGUGGAACAUUGAUUCGCUGGACUUCUCCGAUACAGAAGUUGGGGAGAGCAUUCGCAGAGCAAUGUUUGAUGCCCUGCCUCCAAGAACUGCCGUUGACAAAACCAUUGGUCAAAGAGUAGAAAAGACAAGGGAAGUCAUAAAGGGAGGAGCUCUUCUUUCAGUGAAAUCUGCUAAGAAAAUAAGAUAUACAGUGGUUGAGGAGAUCAGUGUUGAUGAUGCCAGUGUUAAUGAAAUCGUGGAUGCUGUUGACCUACUCAGCAAAAUUUCUUCACCGUUGGAUUCCAGCCGUCUUAAGAGGCAGUGUCCAUGUGACAAUCCAAAAUGGUGUGAGCCGAUCAAAGACACAAAAAGAAAAGAGGUUUACGCCUUCUCUAUAGUAAACAAUGAAACUAAUUGGAGCAAAUUUGAUUGGACUAGAAUAACUACAGUUUGCAUGUACGGUUUUUUCAAUCCCAAACUGAUGUGCCUAGCUCAUUCCUACAAUGUCAGGGUUGUCACUUUAGGUGCGGUGGAUCUCAUAACUAUGAUAACCCCAGAGCUGCGGUACAAGUGGGUGCUCGACCAGCUCCAAAAUGUCGAGGACAACUUCAUGGAUGGCCUUAACUUUGAUGUUGAAAUGAACAUCAGUCCAGAGCACAAGGAACUAAGGGAUGCUUACACUGCGCUGGUCAACGAGACAGUUGUUGCAUUUAAACAAGCAUUGCCUUACUCCCAGAUCAGCAUUGAUGUGCAGGGGGACGCUUUCACGACAUCGAGGUCAUAUGACUACCCGACACUCGCCAAACUAGUGGAUUUUCUUUUUAUUAUGGCCUACGACGAGAGUGGAUUUGAUGUAGUAGGACCAAACUCUGGAGUUUUGGACACUGUGACAGGUGUUAUCGACUACUUUCAAGAGAAGAUAAGUCCAGACAAACUUGUCCUUGGACUCCCUUGGUAUGGAUAUAUUUAUUUCUGUGACAAGUUAGUUGGGGAUGUCUGUGAAUUAAGUCCCACCCGAGCCCAGCAAGUAGACUUCAACACCAUAUCAGCCAUCCUUGAGACGAUGCCUGAGAAAUACAGGUGGAACACCACAUCAGAAACACCUUAUUUUUCAUAUACUGAUUCAAAAACCAACAUCUCCCGUCAAGUUCAGUUUGAUGAUGCCACAAGUCUCAAAAUUAAAUAUGAACUAGCUGCAGAUCUGGGACUCCGUGGAGUUGGGAUGUGGACCAUAGAUUUCUUGGACUAUACUGACACUCAGAGAGGGCAGGCGAUGAGGACAGCCAUGUUUGGAGCUCUUCCAACACAUUCAUAAACUUCUUCUUAGCCUUAAAUUAAAGAGAUUCUGAAGAUACUCAUGAAAUUUUAACAAUAUGCUUAGAAUUUUUGAGGAGCAAGUCAGAAAACCAACACAGAAUUUGCUUAAUGAAUGAGAUUAAUUUUUGUUCUUUUCUGAUUUCAUUCUGACAAUUCGAUACUUCUUAUGUUUUUUUUUUGUUUAUUUUUGUUAUGAUUGUAAACUCCUCUUGUAAUGUUCUGUCUUUUCAUGCUGUUAGAUUUAGUGAUUUAGCGUAUUCCUUGCUUCAUUUUCUUUCUUUUGGGGGGGGGGGGGGGGGGUAGAUAAAAAAUGUAAAAACAAAUAAUGUUAUAGUUAAAUCAUUAUGUUAUGUUAACAUUCUUAAAAAUUGACAUAUUUUUUUUAUUAAUUCAGUAAUGAAACCUUUAUAUAAGUAAAUAACAUAUGUGGUUUAUUCCCUGUAUUUAAAAAAUGAUUGCAGGCUUGGGAGAGUUUUUGAUAACAAUACUCUCUCAUAAAUAGACUAUAAAAUAUUUAUUAACAAAUCUUACAUAUUUUAUUUUGAUUAAAUCUUCACAGUAAUGAGGGAAUGGGAUAGAAAAGUUUGACACUUGAUAGACAGAGCUGGAAUGCUUUCUGUAAUAAUACCCUCAAUACAUCAGUAGUUUUAUGGUCUCUAUACUAUUUUAUGGUCUUCUUUUCCUAUUCAUAAAUGUCUCUGGCAUUUUACAUCUUCAGAGACAUACAUUUUCCCAUUUGCAACUUAUUAUCUGAUAAAGAGGCCAACCCUUGAUGCACAUUCAUGGUCACAGGUUAGGGAUUUGUAAUAGGCCUACUAGAUAUUUCAGCUUCUGUUUCACCACAUGUGAUCCAAGACAUCUUUUUUAUCCAGUCUUGAAGCACUUCAUGUUUGGUUUACAUAUCCAUAAAUGUAUUAUAUAAAAAAGACAGCUAAAAUUCAUUUAGUCUGGUACCAGGGCCAUCACUUGUACAAAUUUUGAUUCAAAUAAACGUUUUGUUUAUAUUGUUAAAACAAAUCUAUGAAUAUGUAUGUUAUAGAGUCUUUAACAAGAAAAACAUAAAAAUACUUCUAAAAAAAAACAAAGUUUGUAUCAAAUAGUUCUAGACUAACAAUAAUAAAUUUGUGCGAUUGGAAAUAUUUUUACCAAUUGUUUUUGUUUAGCGUAAUUUCAUGCUUUUAGUAGCUUUCUGGAUGUGCUAAGAUCCUAUCACUUGUAGGGACCAGUUGGGGGUCCUGUGAUCCUUUUUUAAAUGCAUAAAAAAACAACUUGUUCACUCAGGACUCAAGCCUCAUCAAAGGGAUUAAUUCAGCUUAUACCACCACAUCUGUUGAGUAUGAUUUCUUUCCCUUGUUUGAUACCAAACAAAAUAAUUAAAUACCAAUAGUUAAUUAACCAAGUGGUUAUUUUUUUUUUAUUUGCACUUGUUUUGUCAGGUAUAAGAAAUAACUUAAAGUGUAAUAAAAAAAUUGUUUACCAGACAGACACAGUGAGCUGAUAAAGGCUUUGAAAAAAGGAUAGGAAUUUAAAAAGGAAGUAUUUUUUCACAAGUUCAUAUACAAACAUUAAUAUUUUUUAACUGUCUGUAUUCUAUUUAUUUGUAUUUAAUGUAACUGCUUGAACAUUUAUUUAUAGUAUUUAAAUAUUGUGUAAAAUGAUUGUGAAGGAAUUUGGAAUUUUCUUUUUUUUAAAUUUCAGUCCUUACUGCCAGUUUUAUUUUUCAUUGCAACAUUAGUACAUCAGGGUGCUUAACUGUACUCUUGCCAAGUAAUUUUAACAAUCUCUAAAUUAAAACUAUUGCUUGUUAAAUUUUAACAAAUUGAAUUAGCUAGUUAAUUUUAAUGAACUAGCAUAAAUUGUGAAGUAAAUAUUAAGACAAAAACAAUGAAAUCUAACAAAAGUAGUUGGAUGUUGUCACUUUGAUCAAGUUCAUACACCGAACAAAAAAAUUUUCUCACUCUUUGUAAAUUUAACUUAUUGUUGUGGUCUAAAACAGUCAUUAAAUAUGGACGUCAGAAUAAAAAAGUUUGGACUUCAUUUAAUGAAGAAAACAAAAACGAGCUUGAAGAUAUUCUUUUAUCUUUCUUCUGAAAUUUUGGUCAACAAAUAUAUAAAUAAUUUAGUCUGAAUGUUAAUUAGAUAAAAUAAUUACACAAUUGGUGAGACGUUGUGGAUCAAAGUCCAUAUUGUGGUCACACAUAAACAAUGUAUUUGUGCUACUGACACUUCUUUUUAAAAAUAAUUUAAACAUUUUUUUGUGUGUAAUUUUAGCCUAUUAUUAGAGCUUUAAUAUAUAUUAUUUUGUUCAUUUAUGACAUCUCAUUAGAACAUGGCCUGCAGUGCACUUACUGUUUUGAUAUGUUACGCUUGCUUUUUGUUGAUGUACUGUGAACAUUCCUUGACAUUAUAUUACAAUUGUUCAAUCUACAAACAAUAUUUAUUUUAUUUUUUUUUUUAAUUAUAUUUCAAUUUGUAUAAUGAUUGUGUAUCUCAUAACUAUAUGCUACCUGAUGCUUGACUAUAUUGAAAUAGUUGAUGUUUUUUUAAAUUUUUUAAAUUAAAUCCUCCAUUGUAUUGCUCAAAAUCUUUUUAAAUUAAAUCUCGUACAAGCACAACAACCGACGUUUGGACACAUUUACAAUAAAUUAUGGUGGAUUAAAAAGUAAGAUUGUGCACUACAAUAUUAUUUUCAGUUAUGUUACGUUAUAGAAGUUUAAAAUUUAAAAUUUAUUUUAUAACACUGAAAUAUAUAGGAAUAACAGAGAAUGUGAAAUAUACAACUUACCCAAAGAUGUUAAAAAUCUUUGUCAUUUGAUUGAUUUUAUUCACUAGCUGUUAACAAACAUGUUAUAGAUCUCUCUUUUUAUAUUGUAAAAAAUAUUUUCAUGGGAUUUUUCAUUAAAUUAAAACGGACACGC